AUGGCUCUUCCAGUACCCUCCUCUGGCCACUAUGGCUCUUCCAGUACCUCCUCUGGCCACUAUGGCUCUUCCAGUACCUCCUCUGGCCGCUAUGACUCUUCCAGUACCUCCUCUGGCCACUAUGGCUCUUCCAGUACCUCCUCUGGCCGCUAUGGCUAUUCCAGUACCUCCUCUGGCCGCUAUGGCUCUUCUAGUACCUCCUCUGGCCACUAUGGCUCUUCCAGUACCUCCUCUGGCCACUAUGGCUCUUCCAGUACCUUCUCUGGCCGCUAUGGCUCUUCCAGUACCUCCUCUGGCAUCUGUGUUCCUCCCAGUAUAGGCGUUUCCGCUCUCAGGGCCUUCCAGUACUCUCCUCUUGGCUCUACGGACCUUCCAGUACUCUCCUCUUGGCUCUACGGACCUUCCAGUACUCUCCUCUUGGCUCUACGGACCUUCCAGUACUCUCCUCUUGGCUCCACGGACCUUCCAGUACUCUCCUCUUGGCUCUACGGACCUUCCAGUACUCUCCUCUUGGCUCUGUAA